AUGGCGGGCUGGGGCCGGGGCCGCGGCGCGGUGCUGCUGCUGCUGCUGUCGCCGCCGGCCGGCGCCGCCUGGCUGCUGGGGCUGCGGCCCGAGGACACGGCGCCGGGCCGCGUGUCGCUGCGGGGCGGCGCGGUGCAGGCGGCCGAGGGCUCGCGCUUCGUGCUGCGCCUCUACUUCCAGCCGCGCAACGCCAGCCUGGAGCCGGAGCCGCGCCUCGUCUUCGUGGAGGAGCCGGCGGCGCCCACGGGCGCGGCGCGCUGCGGCCCGCACGGCGCCCGCGCCCGCGCCUCCGACGUGGAGGUGCUGGGCCCGCUGCGGCCCGGCGGCGCGGCCGGCUCGGCGCUGGCCGACGUGCGCGUGCGGGAGCCGCGCAAGGGCAAGGCGGCGGGGCCGGCCGGGCGCCUCUUCUCGCUGUGCGCCUGGGACGGGCGCGCCUGGCGGCACCACGGCGCCGGCGGGUUCCUGCUGCGCGUGCGGGCGCGGGGCGCGGCGCGGGGCUGGCGGGUGCCGCUGCCGGCGGGCGGCUGGCUGGUGGCGCUGGUGGCGCUGGCGCUGCUGGCGCUGUCGGCGCUCUUCGGCGGGCUGCGCCUGGCGCUGCUGGCGCUCGACCCGCUGGAGCUGCGCGUGCUGCGCAACAGCGGCUCGGCGGCGGAGCGCGAGCAGGCGCGGCGCGUGCAGGCGGUGCGCGGCCGCGGCGGCACGGACCUGCUGUGCACGCUGCUGCUGGGCCAGGCGGGCGCCAACGCGGCGCUGGCGGGCUGGCUGUGCGCCGCGCUGCCGGGGGACGCGGGGGGCGCGGGGGGCGCCGGCGUGCCCUGGCUGCCCGUGCUGCUCUGCACCGCCGCCGUGGUGCUGGGCGGCGAGGUGCUGCCCUACUCCGUGUGCUCGCGCCACGGGCUGGCGGUGGCGGCCCGCACGCUCUGCCUCACGCGCCUGCUGCUGGCGGCGGCCGCGCCGCUCUGCUACCCGCUGGGCCGGCUGCUGGACUGGGCGCUGCGCCGCGAGCUCAGCACCUGCUCCACGCGCGAGCGCCUGCUCGAGACGCUGCGCGCCGCCGGGCCGCACGACCUGGUGGGCGAGGAGCUGGCCAUGGUGCAGGGCGCGCUGGAGCUGCGCACCAAGGUGGUGCAGGACGUGCUCACGCCGCUGGCCGACUGCUUCAUGCUGCGGGCCGACGCCGUGCUGGACUUCGCCACCGUGUCCGAGAUCCUGCGCUCGGGCUACACGCGCAUCCCCGUCUACGAGGGCGAGCGGCGCGACAACAUCGUGGACCUGCUCUUCGUCAAGGACCUGGCCUUCGUGGACCCCGACGACUGCACGCCGCUGCGCACCAUCACCCGCUUCUACCACCGCCCGCUGCACUGCGUCUUCAGCGACACCCGCCUGGACACGCUGCUCGAGGAGUUCAAGAAGGGUAAAUCGCACCUGGCCAUUGUGCAGCGGGUGAACAACGAGGGCGAGGGGGACCCGUUCUACGAGGUGAUGGGCAUCGUCACGCUGGAGGACGUCAUCGAGGAGAUCAUCAAGUCCGAGAUCCUGGAUGAGACAGACUUGUACACCGACAACCGGCGGAAGGAGCGGGUGCCGUACCACGGGAGGAAGCCCCACGACUUCUCCAUCUUCCGGCUCUCGGACAGCGAGAUGAAGGUGAAGAUCUCCCCGCAGCUUCUGCUGGCCACGCACCAGUUCAUGGCAACAGAAAUCGAGCCCUUCAAGACGCCCUAUCUCUCGGAGAAGAUCCUGCUGCGGCUUCUGAAGCACCCCAACGUCAUCCAGGAGCUGAAGUUUGACCAGAAGAACCGGCGAGCUGCAGAGCACUGCCUGUACCAGUGUCACCGGCCUGUCGACUACUUCAUCCUCAUCCUGCAGGGCAAGGUGGAGGUGGAGAUCGGCAAGGAGGGGCUGCGGUUUGAGAACGGCGCCUUCACUUACUACGGGGUCCCGGCCAUCACGACUGCCCUGUCUUCAGACAGCGACGUGCGCAAGGGAAGCAGCCUGGGCGGAUCCGCCUUCCUGCUGCCCAUCUCCGUGUCUCGCAACUUCGCCUUCAGCAGAGGAGAGUCGCUGGCUGGGUCCCCAGUGAACCGGUCGCCGUCGCGCUGCAGCGGGCUGAACCGGGCCGAGUCCCCGAGCCGGGAGCGCACAGAGGCCGGGGGCAGCCCCACGCCGCUGCACAGCAGCAGCAACAACAUCUACACCCCGGACUACUCCGUCCGCAUCCUCUGCGACGUCCAGGUCGUUAAGGUCACGCGGCAGCAGUACCAGAACGCGCUGGCGGCCAGCCGCAUGGACAGCUCCCCCCAGACCCCCGACGUGGAGGCCUUCAACGACGGGGACUCCACCAAGACCCCGACGGUCCGUGGGACCCCGCAGACCCCCCAGGACAACAGCGCCACCCUCCUGCCGGAGCAGGGCAGCCUCACGGGCGUCCCACCCGACAGGCCCUGGAGCCCCAGCGACCCUGCGUCCCCGCGGCCGGCUGUGGUGCCCUUCAUCCGGGAGGAGCUGGCGAACGAGCAGAACAGCGAGUGCUGCAGCGUCCCCAUGGAGCCGCAGAGCCCCAGCCAGGACGCAGUGGCCAGCGCGUCCCCGAGCAGCUGCGAGGACACCCUGGGCAAGCGGCUGCUGAGGACACUGAGCGGGCGGAGGCGGAGGCCGUCCGCGGAGGGCGAGAAGACGCCGGAGGAGAGCUCCACCCUGACGCCCCUGAUCACCUGAGCGAGCAGCAGCCGGGCGCACGCAGCCCAGAGGCCUGCAGCAUGAAAGCCGCCCGGCGCUGUGCCCGAGGCAGUGUGUCCGCACCCAGCUGCUGCCCGCUGCUCCCAGCCUGCCCCGUGCGCAGGGCCCCACGAAAACAGACUGCCCCCCCGGCAGGGGCAGACGUGGCAGCCCCGGGCCCGCUGCUCCCCAGCGCUCUGCCUCCAGGGACAGCGGGAGUGCCUCUGGCUGGGGGGUCCCGGCAGGCUGGAGCAGGGGGGCUGCCCCGAGCUGCCCUUAGCAUCCUUGCCCUGUGCCAGGCACCAUGCAGACUGGCAGCGGGCCAUGCCCCCCCGCCCGCUCUCGUCCCCGCAGUGCUCAGGGCCCUGGCACCCAUGGUCACACGUACCCCCAUGCCAGCAUGCGCACGCCCAGCGAGACACCCCGACCUCCCCGAGCGGUGCCCGGGGGCAGCUUGCAGCCGCGUUCGCCCUGCAGGGAAGGGGCUCAGCACGGCGCUCCCCCUUCCCCUGCGGUGCCAGCCUGUCUCUGUGCCAGGCCGGGCCGGUACUGCAAGAACUUUUAAGUGGUUUCUGUGGAGACUGAUUGCAAUGGAGAUACUUUACAUUAAAAGUGAUGCCCUCCCUGGA